AUGGAAAAUAAUGAAAAACAGCAGGAUGUUCUUUCAAGAGCUACCAACCUACCUCUUGUCAGCUCUGCUUAUGAAAUGGCAGCUUUGGCUUAUUCCUCAACUAAGGAGAACCACCCCUAUGUUAAAGUAGUCUUGGAUUUGGCAGAGAAGGGGGUGAAGCAUGUCUCUGAGAUGGCUGUGAAUGGUGCCCAACCUUUUCUGAGUAAACUUGAGCCCCAAGUUUCAGUAGCUAGCCACUAUGCCUCCAAGGGUUUGGAUAAGCUGGAGGAGAAGCUACCAUUCCUCCAUCAGACAGCUGACCAGGUUAUUUCUGAGACACAGGAAUUGGUGUCAUCCAAAGUAGCAGAUGCCAAAGAAGCAGUAGCCAAGGCUGUACAAGAUGGCAAAGAGAUGAUCAUAGACACAAGAAUGGGUAAACUUGCCAUGAGUGGGGUAGAAGUAGUACUGGAGAAAUCGGAGGAGUUGUUGGACCACUAUCUGCCAAUGACGUACGAAGAACUUGCGAAAAUAGCAGAAUCUACAGCAGAAGGGAUCCAUACAACAGAUGAAUCUCAGGGUUAUUUUGUGCAGCUUGGCUCCCUAUCAACUAAGCUCCAGCAUCGUGCCUAUCAGCAUGCUGUAGAGAAAAUGAAAGCUGCCAGAGAACACAUUCAAAAUACAUUCAACCAGCUACGUCAAGCCAUUGGGCAGAUAGAACAUAUAAAGCAAGAUAGCCAUCAGAAACCCCAGGAAGAAAAGGAAAAUCUCCAACAGAUAGAAUCUCAUACCUUGGCUAUGAGUUACCAUGUCAUCCAACAAUUGCAGAUGGCAUACAAGAACUUGAUUGGAAGCAUCCAAGGUCUGCCUGGUAUCUUCCAGCAGAAUAUUGAGUUGGCUCUCCACAGUAUUGAGGAGCUUCAAGGUACCUUUACUGGCGCUCAUUCUUUCAGAGAUCUUUCUAGCAGCCUUUUGAGUCAAAGCAAGAAGACAGCUGGCAGGGCUGAGAAGUACGUAGAUGACAUCUUGGACUUUGUGUUGCAGGACACUCCGUUGUCCUGGCUUGUGGGACCCUUUGUUCCUGCACUCAAGAAAAUCUCAGGUGGCCUGGAGCCUGAAAACCCUAAUGAAAGGAAAGAGAAAACUUUGAAGCUAGAAGCUCCAAAGGAAACUCAGUGA